CGGCGAUUGGCCGACAGUAGAACGAUGCCCUCUCGCGCACCGCACGGUCGUGCUCUCGUAGUUUUCGGCGCCGUUCGCGUUUUCGUUCGCCCGUCGUGUUUACGUACAUCUCGCACCAAAACGCGAACACUUCUCCACCCCACGAAUAUAUAAUAAAGUCAUUUUAAUAUUGUUAUCGUUUUUGUUCAACGAAAAUCAACAAGAAUUGCGCAUAAAUCGUUUUAAAUAAUAUAUAAAUAUUAACUAUUAAGUACCUAAUAAUGAUAAUUAUUAGAUGAUAAUACACUCGUUGUUACAAAUAUGUUAGUGUUAAGUGAAUAAAUCUCUAAUACAAACGCAUCUGUGUUAUUAGUGUAAGUUUGACAAAUAUCUUAAGCUCUGUGGAAUAUUGGAUAUACCAGUCUGAAGACUUGGUAUAUGCAUCAAUUUGCCAAAGAAUAAACGGUUAUAAGCCUAAUGGUUAUAAUAUGUGUAUCUGAUAUAAAUGAUUCAAGCGCUGUACAAAAAGAGAAGGAAAUAAAGACAAACGGAAACAAGAGCUUGAUGGAUGAUAUUGUGUGUGCCACAAAAGUUACCUUACCAUCCAACUUAAGUUGUGAUAAUGCCUUGUCUUUAAGUACAGAAUGGUGUAAUGUCAUUGAUAAGGCUGAUCACUUUGCUGAAAUAGCAAGAAAUAAGAUUACCGGGGUGGUAGUUGGAGGAGGAGCUGGCUCCCUCUGCCAUUCCCGACAAUCAUCACCAUCGUUUGUAUUGCAUUUGCCCACCAUCCCCCUAAAUUGGUCUGUGAUAUCCAGCUCAACAUUUAGAUUUACUAGAGAUCCUCCGUCCCAUCAGCAAACACAGGAUUUGUAUGGUACGAUGGUAACUGCCAGUGACGUUGAUAGUUCUACAAGGGGGGGAACUGGAAAACGAACCUUGCUGGCUUGCUACUCUGGUGCUCACAUUAAAGAUGUUACUACUACUAUUAGUUUUAGGGUUAAGUCUAAUUGUUCAACAAGUGAUAAUGACAGUGAUGAUCAAAGCGCAAUGUACAAAACCAUUCCAUUUAAUAAACUUUAUGUUGAUCCGAUCGCACAGUACAAACGAAAUUGGGGUAUUUCCACUGUAUGUCGUUUAUUAGGAGGUGGUGAAACAACUCUGGCAUCUGGUAACGGUACAGCUACAGCUGGUUGGGGAAAUCCCGGCACUACACCAGUACCCGCAUCUGUCACUGGUACUUCAAACUGGAAUACAAGUCCACUUGUUGAUGGUCAAUCUCCACCAAAUGCUGUUUCUAAUGGCCCUUGGCAACAAAGCCCUCAGUCCUCUAGUACCAGCUCAAAUAAUACUAGUCAAACAUCUAAUAUAGGUAAUAAAGGACAAAGUUCAAACUCUGGAUCUUCAAGCAGCGGCAAUGGUACUAUAUCUACAUCACAGGCUACCAAUCAACAAAAUACUACAUCAUGGGCUCAGGCAGCUGGAAAAAAUCUACCUGCCUCGUCAGUACCUCAAGUUACUGGUAAUUCAUCAACAACAACUACUACAACUAGCACUACUUCUGGUGCAGUUUCUAAUCCUCAAUCUAGUAACUCACCUCCAACAAAUGGUGGGAAUGGAGCUACUAACUCUUCUACUAAACAACAAUUGGAACAAAUAAAUACAAUGCGAGAAGCUUUAUAUGCUCAAGAUGGAUGGGGUGGCCAACAUGUUAAUCAAGAUAGUCAGUGGGAUGUUCCGCAUAGUCCAGAACCUAAUACUAAAGACGGACCAUUAACAGGAUUAACUGGUGGACCUGGGUGGAGCAAGGUCAAUAAUGGUACAGACUUGUGGGAAGCAACUUUACGAAAUGGUGGACAACCUCCUAUACAAAUUCCAGUACAAAAUGCAUCUAAAACCCCUUGGGGACAUACUCCAGCAUCCAAUAUUGGUGGUACUUGGGGUGAAGAUGAUGAUGUAAGUAGUGUAAGUGGAGCAGAAGCCAAUACUGGUAACUGGGGCAUAAAUCCAACUACUACUAUGAACAAUCAGUGGGGUCAAGGACAACCUCCUCCACAAGGACCUGGUGGUCCAAUGUGGGGAGGGCCUCCUAAGAAAGACAUUGGACCUGAAGGUCAAUCCUGGAAUUCUGGCAAUGCUGCAUGGAAUGAUCUCAAUCGGCCACCAGGAUCUAUUGAUCAGGGUCCUCAUCGUCGAGAUAUUCUACCGAAUGGAAUUGUUGAUCAUAGCAGAGGAAUUGGUAGUGAUGCUCGUGGCGGUAUAAGUGGUCGUUUAAAUGGUACUUUGUCUGGCGGUGGUGCUGGUAUGGAACCUAUGUGGGGUGGACCUCCACCACAUCACAUGCAACAUCAUGUUCAACCUCCAUCUGUUGGACCACCACCUUCAGUUAUAGCUACACCAGGUGCAAAACUUGGACAAGGACCUGUGCCAGUAAUUAAUCAGUGGUCAGGUCCACCACCACCCAAAGAUUUAAAUCCUAUGAAUAACAACAACAAAGGAAAUGGAUGGGAAGAACCAUCACCCACAGAUCACAGGCGCAAUUUAUUAAAUUAUGAUGAUGGCACAUCUUUAUGGGGAAAUACUCAAACUAGGCCCAAUGUGCCUGGCGGUGGUUUAUUGAGCACUCAACACAAUAUGAGUAAACAUUGGGGUAAAGCUGAUAUGGCUGCUGCAGUGGCUGCUGCUGCUGGUAGAAAUAAUAAUGGUUCUGGUAAUAUGGGUAACCAAUGCCCUCCAGGUGUUCCACCAAAUAGGGCAGGUAUGCCACCUAGUAAAAUGGUUGAUCAACAACAAUUGUGGCCUGGAAAUCCAAGAAAUGGUACAUGGGGUGAUGUUGGUGGCGGAAGUCAACAUGAUUUGAAUGUUGCUGGUCCUUGGGGUGAAGAUAAAAUGGGGUUAAGUGGAAAUGCAGGUGGUCCUUGGCCCAAUUCUGAAUGGGGACCUGGUCCUAAAUCUAAAAAUUCAUGGGGUGAUUGUGGUAACAAUGAUAUGGAUCAAAGUUCUUGGGGACAGAAGAAUAUUGGACAAAAGAAUCAAAAUAAAGAUUAUAUAUGGCAAAGCAAAUCAUACAGAAUUCUUGCUGAAAUGGGAGUCAAGAAAGAAGAUGUUGAAGCAGUUACACGUUCUUAUAAUAUUAGUAUGGAAGAAGCAUUAGAGUUUUUAAUGUCUACUAGAGGUCCGGGUGGAGGAGGUUUAGAUUCAUGGAAUACACAUAGUGGUCGUGGCCAACACCCAGAUGAUCAAAAUCCAUUUGAUCGAUCUAAUAUUAAUCAACAACGAUUCAACUCACAACAACUACCGUUUGCUGUGCCAUCUAUUGGAAAUAAUUCUAACCAACAACAAGCCAUGCUUCAGAAAAUAUUAGCCCAACAGCAGCCACCUGCACAACAAAAUACAAUGCAACAACAAUAUUCCCAGGGUGGUGGUUCAAGGCAAAUGCAAAAUCAACCUACUGCACAGCAAUUACGAAUGCUAGUGCAACAAAUUCAAAUGGCUGUGCAAGCUGGAUAUUUAAAUCACCAAAUACUAAAUCAGCCAUUGGCACCACAGACAUUAAUUAUGCUUAAUCAGUUACUGCAACAGAUCAAAAUUUUGCAACAAAAUGUUCAAAUACAAGCAGCCGUUGCUAAUAAUCCCAAAUCUGGCCCUGCCAUGGUGACGGCUGCAAUUGCCAUCAAUAAAGCGCGGCAACAAAUAGCAUCACUACAAAAUCAAAUUGCUAACAAUCAAGCCAUGCAUAUGAAAGCACAAGCCCAUCAAAAUCAGUCCAACUUUUCUGGUUUAUCUGGUUUAAUGGGUGGACAGGUUGGUGAUUUCUUUAAAAAUGAUCCUUUAACACUCUUGCAAUCUGGUUUUUCCGAUUUAGCAAUGAAUAAAGAUUCUCAAAUAAGUGGACAAGGAUUCCAAACAAGUCAACAAUCAAGGUUAAACCAGUGGAAGUUGCCGAAUUUAGAUAAAGAUGAUUUAGGAAUGGGAAAUGAUUUUAGCAGAGCACCUGGAGCCAAUUCUAAAUCUACUCCUGGAAAUACUUCUCCUUCAUUCAAUACAUUACUCAGCCAAGGAGAUGGUACUUGGACUAAUGUUGGUGCUCGUUCUGAUAGUGGAUGGCCAGACAAUGCUGAAGACAAUAAAGAUAUUUGGCCAAACAAUGGAACAAAUUCUCAGUCUAAUUCUGCCUCAUCUGCAUUUGCUACUGAUCUUGUACCAGAAUUUGAACCAGGAAAACCGUGGAAGGGUAAUCAAAUGAAAAAUAUUGAAGAUGAUCCUACUAUCACACCUGGCUCAGUAGUGCGUAGUCCACUAUCAUUAGCAGCCACAAUCAAAGACUCAAACAAUUCAGACUUGUUCAACAGUGGUGGAAAGACUUCACCAACUAAUUCUCAAUCAACAGUUGAUAUGCCAUUAACACCUUUGUCUCUUUCAUCUUCAACGUGGAGUUUUAAUCCGCCUCCUUCAUCUACUCAAUCAUCAUUUACUAGUCCUCUAGGAAAAGUUAAUGGACCAAAAAACAAUUGGGCUGAUAAUAAUCCUGGAAAUGAUCUAUGGGGAGGUGUUUUAGGAUCUAGUGGUAAGUCUCGUGGACCACCACCUGGAUUGACUGGAGGUUCUACCAAAGCAGGGAAUGCACCUAAUAAUGGUUGGCCUCGAUGGCCUUCUAAUAAUACUUCAUCGUGGCAAUCAUCAUCUAAUAAUGUAGCUAGUACAUGGCUAUUGCUAAGGAACUUGACACAACAAAUUGAUGGAUCAACAUUAAAAACUCUUUGCAUUCAACAUGGACCAUUAUUGAAUUUCCAUAUGUACCUAAAUCAUGGAAUAGCAUUGGCCAAAUAUUCAACCAGAGAAGAGGCUAGCAAGGCUCAAGGAGCGUUGAACAAUUGUGUACUUGGCAAUACAACAAUAUUUGCUGAAUCACCUACAGAUGCUGAAGUACAAAUGCUACUUACACAUCUGAGUGGUGGUGGUGGCAAUACAAGUGGCAACAAUUCUGCUCAACAACAACAGCAGCAGCAGCAACAACAACAACCCAACUGGAAUAAUGGCCGGAAUGGAAAUAUCGGCAACUCUCAGGGCCAACAGGGUUCAGAUACUUGGGCCAAUAAUCAACUGUGGGGUGGCAACAACUCUGGACCUCCUGGUAAUACUUCCUCUCUUUGGGGGGCUGGAGCUGAUCAAAUUGAUCCACACCGCACCACUCCAUCAUCUUUAAAUUCUUUUAUGCCUGGCGAUCUUUUAGGUAGUGAAACAAUGUAAAGAUAAAUUCUUGUAUAUAUAUAUAUAUAUAGACACACAUAUAUAUAUAUUUAUACUUACAGUCCUGACUUUUAACUAAGUCCAAAUAUAACGUCAUUUUUAUAAUAAGGUCUUAGAACACCAUGAACACUUAAUCGACUUAUUUAUUAAGCUUAAAACAAAUCGAGCCAAGUUUAUAUUUUAGAUAAUAUUAUAUAAUUUUAUUCUGCUUGCCAUUCGACUCUGGGUAAUCGUUUUGGCAGCACACCUAUAAUUUUUUAAGACUUGAAUGUUUUUAUUUUAUUAAUUUAUAAUGUGAGUUCUUCUUUUUAUUUUUAAUUGUAUACUACCAAAGUAAAUAAGGAUUAAAAAUUAAUUUUAAUAUUUUAGUAGUUUUGUGACUUUAGACAUUAAGACGGUUACGGGGUGUUUUUAAUUUAUGAAUGAGGUUUUUAGUGAUUAAUUUUAUCAUGUUCACCAGCUACAAUAUUAUAUAUAAAUUUCUUCCUAUGUUUUUUUUUUUUAUUAUUAAAAAAUGAAUUAAAAUUUAUGAUUAUAAAUUGUUUUAGGAUAGUGUUAAACUUAUAGGUCUAAAAAUAUUAUGUAUAUUAUAUAUAUAUAAAUAUAUAUAUAUAUUUAAAGUAAAAGAUGAAAAGAAAAAAAAAGCAAAAAGAUUAUUGUCCAUGUUGUUAUUAUUGUUGUGUUUUAAAUUAGAUGGUUAAGUACAAAAAUAUCUUCCCUAUAAAUAUAAAAAAAAAAAUUGAUAAUAAUGUAUAUGCGCAUGUGUUUGUAUAUGGGCCUUCAUGUAUUUGAAUAGAUUGUUACUAGUACAAAAACAGUAUUUCGUGUUAAAGACUUAAGCGAUGACCAACCAUAAAAAAUUGUUGCCUAAUAUUUUUUUUUUUUUAGAUUUUAAUUUCUUAGAUUAUUUAAUGUUAGAAAAUUAUACAAUUUUACCUUUUUAGCAUUUAAUGAAUUGUUGGGCAUAUCUUUAUUUCAAAUUUAUUAAUAAUGAGUAAAUGAAUGAGUAAAAAUGAAAAAUAAAAAAAUUGAUAGACACAAUAUUCAGUAUAAAUUAAAUAUUCUAAAUCAAAUUUGGGGGAAAUAGCUUUCUUUUUUUCUUUUUUUGUGACUGCUUAAAUAUAAAUUAAGACUGAUUAUUUUAAAUAAAAUAUUCAUAUACACACAUACACAUACACAUACACAUACGCAUACUAAAUGUUGAGAUACAUUUUCGGUGAUCAUUUGUAAUUUUGAUUUUGUUUUAGCAAUGUGUUUAAGUCAGUUUAUUCUAAAUUCAAAUUAUGAAGACUUGAAAUAUAAUUUAUUGGAAAAUAAAAUUGUAAAAAAUAUAUAUAUUUAUGUUAUACAUACAAUAUUCCAAUAAAUAAUGUUUUUUUCAUGCACAAUAACAUGAUCUCUAAAUACAAUCAAUUUUGUUGCAAUACAAUAUAAAAUUUGUUAAAACGUUCAUUUAGCAAUAUUUUUUAAAAAUAAUUGAUUUAAAACAUUUUAUGUUGCAGAACAAAAAAAAAAUGUCAAUUAGUUCUUUAAAAUUUCCCUCCCCAUCCCCUUUGGAAAAUCACCAAUAAAAUUAGUUUAGCCGUAGAUCUCAAUAUCUGUUGGUUUAUUUUAUUAAAUAGUUUUUUUUUAAGUAUUAUAAAGUAUUGUGGGGUAAAUGUCUUUUUGGAGAAGUGACUUCCCAAAAGUACCAUUUUUAAAACACGUAUGUUGAUAAUUUUAAGACGAUCUAAAACCAAUACGCUUCAUGUGAUAAAUAAAAUUGUUAAAAGAUGCUUAUCCUUAUACUGUGAUCUAUGAAUAUAAAUUUUUUUUAUUAUUAUUUUUAUUAUUAUUAUUAUUAUUAUUAUUAUUAUUAUUAUUAUUAUUAUUUAAAUACAAUAUAAAUUAAUUUUCUUUCCGACUGACAAAUUUCAUCACCAGUUAAAAAUUUUUUGUUCUGUACUUCCAUAUAUAUAUAUUAUUUUUUCAAACGUGCCAUUAAACUACAAAUAAAUUAUUUUUACUUAAUUUUUUUGUCUUUAAAAAAAAUUUCUAAAAGUUGUUACACCAUUUAUUUGAUCUCCUUUUUAGUGUUCUAUUAUCUUACACUUUUCUGUAUUCUUAUUUUUUUGGCACAUCAAUAAUAUAUGCAUAUAAAUUAUUAUAAAUUAAUGUUCCAAAAAAUAAAAACUAAAAAACUAAAAAAAAAAAUAAAAAUAAUACAUGAAAACGGACAGUGAUACUCUCCCAAUUAUUAUUAAAUUUAAGAUUGAUUGUGUUCAGAAGGCAAGUAGAUAUGUCUUCCAUAGUUAUAAAUUUAAAUUUAAUUUAAAUAAAUAAGAAUCAUUAAUUGUUUUUUUUUUUUUGUGGGGGAAGGGUGGUGUGCUGCACUCUGCACUAGAAUUAAGUUUUAGAUAAUUUUUAAACACACGAAAAACAUCCGUAGAUAAAUUGUCUUUGCCAAGUAAAACCAAAAAGUAAUAUUAACUAUCCAUGUUUAUUUUGUUAUUAUUAUUAUUUUUAUUAUUAUUAUCAUUAUUAUUAUUAUUAUUAUUAUUAUUAUUAUUAUAUUAUGAUUAUAUAUAUAUAUAUUUUUUUUUUGCUAAAAAUUAAAACUUAAACUAAAUAACCAAAAUUGAAAGAAAAAAAUGUAAAAAAAUUAAUGUGUGGUUAAUUUUUAGUCAAUAGUUUUUUAAGCUAAAUAACAUUAUUUUUAAGAUAAUUUGUCACAUGUGUUAACUAUAUAUAAAUCGUCCUUCUAUUUUAUAGACUAUUUAUAAUUGAUAAUUAUUAUAAAAAAGUUAUUUUACAUAAUGGAAUCUUUUUCUAAGAUUAGAUGUAAGUUAAGGGUUUGUAUGAGAGUCGGGGUUGUGUCAGGGGUAUGUAGUAAUGAUAUAAUUAUAAUUUUGUGCUUUUGUCAGGGAGCAUUGUGAUCUUGUAUUACCAUGAAAAGUCAUAGUCAAAUAAUUAUUAAUGCAUUAUACUAAUAUAUAUAUAUUGUAUGUAUAUACAUAUAAAUAUAUGUAUAUUAAUAUUUCACUGCUCACUUAAUUUUGUGAUAUUAAUAAAAAAAAAUAAAAAAAAAAAAAAAAAACAAUUCACAUAAAAAAAUAAUCUAAGAAUAAUUAACACUCCUGGCAUUUUUUUGUUUGUCUAAACUAUUAAGCAAUAAUCACUUUUAUUAAGCGAUAUGUGUGUAUGGCCUAUGUGUAACAAAUACUAUAAACUUAAAAUGAAUUGCGACAACUUAUUAAAUCCCUACUUGUCCCUAAUCCCAAUCAUCUAAUCAUUUAUAUGAGUUAGAAAAACUAUUUUUCUCAGAAUUGAAUGCAUUAUACACCUUUACAUAUUGAAAUGUCGGCCCCAUAUGUGAUUUUAACUUAAACAUUCGUUUUGAUUUUGAUUGUAUAUUCGGGUAUUAUAUUUCCUACUGAAUUAGUCUGACCCGUAAUCAUUCGCAUACUCUUAGCCAUUUUUGAGUGCAUUCCUAAACAUUGUAGUCCUUUUUAAGCAAUACUCAUUUUGUCCAUUUGUUUUCUUUAGUUUUUAUUUUUAUAUAAUAUAUAUAUAUUAUAUUUAUAUGUAUAUAUAUAUAUAUAUAUGUAUUAUAUAGAUACAUAAUUUGAUGUUAUUGAUUAUUCUUUAGUUUAUUUACAAAGUUCCUUAUGGGUGAUUACCUCAGUAGAAUUUAAAAAUUCUCAUUUAAACUUUUUAAUUCAAUUCAAAUUGACCAUGUGUGUGUCAUGUGCAUUUUAUUGUAUUUUUGAAAACGACACAUAAAAAGAAUACAUAUUUAAAAAUUAUUACAUUUUUCAUAAUCAAAAAAAAAAAAAAUAAUAAUAAUAAUAAUAAAUUAAAUUAAAUAUGUAAAAUUAACAAUUUUCUUUAAAAAAAAAAUAAGAAGGGGGUUUUAUUGUGUUUCAUAUUUUAAGUUUUAUCCUUUUGUGUUAACUUUUCAUUACCUAUAUUUAUUCAUCAUUUUACCUAUUUGUUAUGUCGAAUUCAUAUCGAAACACAGAUUUGUGAUUAAAAAGUGCCACGAUGUUCAAUUAGUUAAAUAUUUAAAGAAUAAAACUAAUAAUAAAGUUAAAAUAAAAAAAAAAAACGAUUAAUAUUUAUGAAAAAGUUAAUUUUAAGUAAAGCGUUAUUUUAUUUUUAAUGUGAUCCUUAAAAUCGCAGAGCCUAUUGAUGGAUAAUGAUGUUUUUAUGAGACUGAUAAUGAAUAUUGAGAGUGUCUCUCGUGCCCAUGCGACUAGAAAUGUGUGUGUCUCUAGGCUCGUAGGAAGUAAAGUGCGGUUUUUUUUAAUCUAUAAACAAAUAAUUAUGUAAACGAUUAAAGGGUUUUUGUGUAUAGGUAUAUAAUUCAAUGUGUUUAUGCGUAUGCUAUUGGCCCCCAAAUCGUUGAGAGUGUUUUUCCAAACAUAAAAAUAAUUAUAAAUUAGGGAUUAGACUUUGUUGCGUAAUUUUGAGCUUGCAAUUUUUUCUCUUUAUUUUAGAUGACCGGGGGGCGGGGUAUUAGUAUUCUCAAAAUAUAUAAAUUCAUACUAGUUCAUAGUUGUAUUUGUAACCAUGUGAUUGAUAUCAUUAAUAAAACUUGUAAACUUUAA